GACGCUGCAAAUACAGCAUCACUGACAAGUGCCAUUAAUUAAUAUUAGAAAAUAGAUACACCCGUGUAUAUGUGUUGUUGUUUUUUACAUGAGAAAUGAGUUAUGGAACCAGAGGUUAGGACUGACGCUCACAUGUGGGAGGCAGAAGUCCCAGAGGCCGCAAAGAUGGACGACAUAGACGCCAUGUUCAGUCACCUGCUCGGAGAGAUUGAUCAUCUCUCUCAGAGUUUGUCGCCUGAAGCAGAGCCAACAGAAGAGGAUCCUGCUUCACACAGACACAGCACCUUCUCCAUCGGCUUCACGGACCUGAAUGAGUCUCUUAAUGAGCUGGAGGACCAUGACCUGGACGCCCUGGUGGCUGACCUGGGAUCAAAAUCAACCACACAAGAUGUCGCCACUGAACAAGAGAUCAGCAGCGUCACAGAUAAUCAAACUGCACCAUCUGCCAUGACUCAGGGAAAUGAGGCAACAGCUGCCCUUCCUCUACCACCGAACACUGCUGAAUUUCCCGGAGCGCUGCAGAGGAGUGAACCACAGACAAAGGCAGACAAAAUUAAACUGGCUCUGGAGAAGCUGAAAGAAGCCAAAGUGAGGAAGUUGAUAGUAAAGGUGGUGAUGGGUGACGGCAGCUCCAAGACUCUGAUGGUGGAUGAAAGACAAACGGUGAGGGACGUUCUGGACAAGCUGUUUGAGAAGACUCACUGUGACUGCAGCAUCGACUGGAGUCUGUGUGAGACCAAUCCUGAGCUGCUGAUUGAGAGAGGCUUUGAGGACCAUGAAAGUUUAGUGGAGCUGCUGUCCUCGUGGACUCGCCACAGUGAAAACAAAAUCUAUUUUGUGUCAAGACCUCAGAAGUAUGUGAUGUUCAAAGACCCACAGUUAUUUUACAUGUGGAAGAAGAAGAUGUCGGUUUUGAGUGGGAUUAACGAACAUGCCAAAAAACUCUUAAUCAAGGAGCAUUUUGGGGGCUCUGCGGUGAUUGUUCCUAAUCUGGAGGGCAUGCUGCACCUGAAGGAAGAUGGGAAGAAGGUUUGGAAACCUCGCUACUUCUUGCUCAGGGCCUCGGGCAUCUACUACGUACCCAAGGGAAAGACAAAGUCCUCCAGCGAUCUCGCCUGUUUUGUCCGUUUUGAAAAGGUCAACAUCUACACCACCAACAACUACAAACAGAAAUACAGAGCCCCCACCAACUUCGGCUUCAUGCUGAAGCAUCCCUGCAUCCAGAAAGAGUCUCACUACAUCAAGUUCCUUUGCUGUGACAACGAACACACACUGUUGCUGUGGGUGAACUCCAUCAGAAUAGCCAAGUAUGGGACUGUUCUGUAUCAGAACUACCAGGCUGCAGUGAAGAGAGCGUCCACUCUGCAAACAAUCCAGUCUGCUUUACACAAAGACGGAUCCAAGAGCCACGCCACUGGGAUCAGCCCACAUCUGGAUCCAUCUCCACCCAAAAUCACAGAUGUUGAAAACUAUUCGCAGGAGUCACCACCUGACUUCAUCCCUCCUCCUCCGGGCCACACACACAUUUGAGACACAUCUUCACCUCCCUCUGUGCACCAUGGUUAACUUCACGCCCUAACUUUUACAUCUGGUCAUACAAAUGUCUGAUAAUGAGGUUUCAGUCAUGGACAAACAUGUAGUCAUUGUAGUAGUAGCGUUACAUGCCUAUGAUGCAAAGUAGCAUAUUCUUUAAGUUAUUUAUUCUCAAAUCUAUAAUGAUAUUUUUUUGUGUUUCGUUUUGCACAAAUAUAUUAACAUACAUAACAGUAUGUUGUAAAUUACUACGUUUUUCGUCAGCUUUACGAAACCAAACGAACAGUUCUGUUCAUUGUUUCAAUGAGCUGUUUAUUACAAAAAGACUGUACAUAAAUUUCAAUCAACACAUCCUAUGUACAAACUGAGAGGAGAAGACAAAUAUCAGAUUCUGUUCCCAUGAACAUUUAAGUUACUGAUCGUUAUUUUUUUUUUCCACGUUUGAUCAUAAGAAAACACACAUCAAAGAAAGGCGCCUUGACCUGUGAUGCCCUGAAAUGCUCAACGUUAAGUGGUAAACAUUACAAAGUUCUGCACGUCA